CAGUAAAUGUCAGGGGAAGGCCAGCCUAUGGCGUUUGCCCACGGAGAGGCCAAUGCUUGGUGACUGUGGCGUGUGCUCCAGGCAGGACAGCCCCAGGGUGGUCCUCAGAACACCAGGCCACCUGUACCUUGGCCCAUCGCAGUGCUGGGUUAUCCUGGGAGAUGGGUCGUCUGCGCCGUUAUUUCGUGCCCCUUCCCCGUACUCCGCCUCCUGUGGCAUCCCCUGCCCCAAGCCAUGUGGGCAGACAGCUGGCUCCAAGUCAGCCCCUGGACACCAGGCUGGAGUGGGAACUCCUGGAGCCAUUUCAGCAUGGCUGGCACCCCAGGCUGGGUAAGGACAGACGAUGGUGCCAGGCUGUGGUCUGGGGGCUUGUCCAAAUGCCUCAUCUUGACACAGAAAAUGGCCCUCCCCACGUGAGCUUCACGUGGAAGCCACAAGCACCUCAGGUCUCAGAACAUGCUGUGCCCUCCUGGCCAGUGAGUCCUGGCACCGCCCCAACCCUCUGCCAGCCCUCCUUGACCCUAGUUCAGGGGCGCCGCGUCUCCUGAGGGUGGCCCCGUCCCCUGCCUCCCCGUGAGCCCUCGUCUGUCUCUUGAGGACCCUGGCAAGCUUCAGGUGCUGGGUUUGCCUGCGGGAAGUCCCCCGCCCCCGCUGGUGCAGCCAAGGAGACUCAGAGGCCCUGGUGCCUCUCUGUGUUUUGGAGGGGAGCCUGGGGGGGGUACGCGAAAUCCGGCUGUUCUGUCUCUUGUAUAUUUCCUUCCUUGGCUUUGCAUGGCCUGUUUUAAAAAGCGUCAACCCGCAACCCCAAACAAGCUGGGGCCCUGAGGCCGUCAACCCCUCCAGUCUCCCCCGGGACCCGCAGUCUGCAUCCUUUUCCAGUUUCAUUCCUCAAGUGCAUGUAUUUUUAAUAUCUUGUAGUUAUCCUGCUGUAUACUGUCAUCUUAGGAAACUUUUAAACUUAAUACCAGUAUGAGCAGGACCUACCCUGCUGCUUAGUGACCCCAGACAGCAUGUCCUGAAGUGGUGUGUCCUGGGGAGGUACGACAGUCCUCCUCUGUCCUGUCCCAGGCACUGUGGUGGGGGCGUCCGGUGUCCAGGUGCAGAAGCAAAAGCUGCUCCCGGGUUUCCCAGAAAUGGUCCCGAGGCCUUGGCCCCAGGGAGCCAGCACAGGUUGGGGAGUAGACCUCUGGCCCUGUGGCGGGGGUCUGUUCUGCUCCAGUGGACCGCAUCUGCCUUGUCAUCAUCCAGACAGCCACAGCUGGCUUCUGGGUCCCCUCGUCAAGCGGCAUUUCCCAGUAACAGUGACUUCGUGGAACACUUACGAAGCCCUUACAAACCAUCCUUGGACCUCUAAGGCAGGGGCUCCAGGAGGCACAGCACCUGUGGUGGGGAUGGUCAGGCAGGCUGGAUGUGGGGAGGGUUCGGAAGGAGUGAGGAGCCACACACGGAACCCCUCAGACUCUCCCAGCAAAGGUCCUUGCCCUUGUGCAGGUCCUGCCUCUAGUUACAUGUUUGCCUUAGAGGCAAAGUUGGGCCGUCACGGGGGACCCACCAGGAUGGGGUCUGCAGACACACUUGCAGGAGGAACCCAAGGAAAGGGGGCGGGGGUGGAGCCCCACAGAUUGCGUGGAGCUUGCACAGCAGGCCUGCUGCUGCCUCUCAGGGCGCUGGUUCACAGCACAGUCUGGAGAAGCUGAGCCGGCUGGACCAGACCACCCAAGGUCUCAGGUUGCAGCUCCCUGGUGAGGCGGAACCGACGCUCUCGGCCAUGGGAGGGGCCGUGGUGGACGAGGGCCCCACAGGCGUCAAGGCCCCCGACGGCGGCUGGGGCUGGGCCGUGCUCUUCGGCUGCUUCGUCAUCACCGGCUUCUCCUACGCCUUCCCCAAGGCCGUCAGCGUCUUCUUCAAGGAGCUCAUGCGGGAGUUUGGGAUCGGCUACAGCGACACAGCCUGGAUCUCCUCCAUCCUGCUGGCCAUGCUCUACGGGACAGGCCCCCUCUGCAGCGUGUGCGUGAACCGCUUUGGCUGCCGGCCCGUCAUGCUUGUGGGGGGCCUCUUUGCGUCCCUGGGCAUGGUGGCUGCGUCCUUUUGCCGGAGCAUCAUCCAGGUCUACCUCACCACUGGGGUCAUCACUGGGUUGGGUUUGGCGCUCAACUUCCAGCCCUCGCUCAUCAUGCUGAACCGCUAUUUCAGCAAGCGGCGCCCCAUGGCCAACGGGCUGGCGGCAGCAGGCAGCCCCGUCUUCCUGUGUGCCCUGAGCCCGCUGGGGCAGCUGCUGCAGGACCGCUACGGCUGGCGGGGCGGCUUCCUCAUCCUGGGCGGCCUGCUGCUCAACUGCUGCGUGUGCGCCGCACUCAUGAGGCCCCUGGUGGCCGUGGCCCAGCCGGGCUCGGGGCCGCCACGAUCCUCCCGGCGCCUGCUAGACCUGAGCGUCUUCCGGGACCGCGGCUUCGUGCUGUACGCGGUGGCCGCCUCGGUCAUGGUGCUGGGGCUCUUCAUCCCGCCCGUGUUCGUGGUGAGCUACGCCAAGGACCUGGGCGUGCCCGACACCAAGGCCGCCUUCCUGCUCACUGUGCUGGGCUUCAUUGAUAUCUUCGCGCGGCCGGCCGCGGGCUUUGUGGCGGGGCUUGGGAAGGUGCGGCCCUACUCCGUCUACCUCUUCAGCUUCUCCAUGUUCUUCAACGGCCUCGCGGACCUGGCGGGCUCCACGGCCGGCGACUACGGCGGCCUGGUGGUCUUCUGCAUCUUCUUUGGCAUCUCCUACGGCAUGGUGGGGGCCCUGCAGUUCGAGGUGCUCAUGGCCAUUGUGGGCACCCACAAGUUCUCCAGCGCCAUCGGCCUGGUGCUGCUGAUGGAGGCGGUGGCCGUACUCAUCGGGCCCCCAUCAGGAGGCAAGCUCUUGGAUGCGACCCACGUCUACAAGUACGUGUUCAUCCUGGCGGGGGCCGAGGUGCUCACCUCCUCCCUGAUUUUGCUGCUGGGCAACUUCUUCUGCAUUAGGAAGCAGCCCAAGGAGCCACAGCCCGAGGUGGUGGCCGCGGAGGAGGAGAAGCUCCACAAACCUCCUGCAGACUCGGGGGUGGACUUGCGGGAGGUGGAGCAUUUCCUGAAGGCUGAGCCUGAGAAAAACGGGGAGGUGAUUCACACCCCGGAAACGAGUGUCUGAGUGGCUGGGCGGGGCCGGCAGGCACAGGGAGGAGGUACAGAAGCCGGCAACGCUUGCUAUUUAUUUUACAAACUGGACUGGCUCAGGCAGGGCCAUGGCUGGGCUCCGGCUGCCGGCCCAGCGGAUCGUCGCCUGAUCAGUGUUUUGCGGGGGAAGGUGGCGGGGUGGGAAUCAUGUCAUUCCAGAGUGGAUCUGUGGUGAAACCAAGCCACAAGGUUAUAAGGCAUCCUCACCAGGGGCCCCGCCUGCUGGUCCCAAGCAGCCUGCGGCCACUGCUAUGCUCAAGGACCUAGAAACCCGCACUGCAAGAUGACGUGACUUUAAUGGGAGGGUGGGCCGCGGACAGGCUGGCAGGGCAGGUGCUGUGUGGGGCCCUCUCCAGCCUGUCCUACCCUGGACUCUCACAUGGGGCCUGUGCCCACCCCUCUAGUGUCUUGGGGACAGCUCCUUCCACCCCUGGAAGGUGGAAAUAAACCUGGAUGUGGGUGGAGCGUCAGGACAAU